AACACCCCCAACGGUUGCCAUUUUACUUUGGCCAACGCUUGACUGCAAUUGUAGCUGUCAAAGCAAUAUUCCAAAGAGUGCACUUCCCGUUAAUUGCUGUAUGAAGAAAGUGUGUCUCUGCUCGCAUUUGAUUGAAGUUAUCGGCGCUGCUGAGUGGUGCAAGGGGGCAGCGGUUCGCACAACAAAAAGGAAUCUAGUGGUGUUAUGAUUCAAACGAACUGAGGAGCUGUUUCUGCAAGGACAGGACGUGCUUCUGGAUGGUGAUAGCGACUCCGACUGGGAGCCCCCGGUGCCAAGCUGCCCGCUCUACCUCUGCCCCCAGUGGUGUUCAUUACUGCAGGCAUGACUGUGCCUCAGGGCCAAAAGGGCACAGCAUGGAAGCGUCGUUGUGUUCUGUGUCGCAUGAAAUGCAAGAGACUGCUAUGGGACAUGGCACAGGCAGAAAAAUAUUGUGACGAGGACUUCCAAAGGGGCUGAUCUCGGACGCCAAUAUCACCAAUGCUACAAAUUACAGAACAGAUGGUAUAUGCCAUGAAUUGUAAGGAAGCCACAGAGAAGGUUGUCCAGUCAUGGUCACGUUUCAACUCCGCUGGCCAAACUACUCUACUAGAAACUCUGAAAGCGUUCAGUCCUAUGUCAAAAGACCUUUUCGAUACUGAGAAAGAACUGGCCACUUUUAUUGAGGGACUCAAAGAUGAAGGUCACAAGCCUACUGUACUUAAAAGCAAAGAUGUUUAUGGUUACAGGUCUUGUACUGCAGUACUGAGGCCUGUAAUAAAGACACAGAGCACACUGGACAUUGCUGUCUCAAAGGUUCAAAAGCCUGGCAAAAAGAAGGGUAGAAAACCCCAUGGCAAGAAGACUGAAAUCAACUAUUCUUUGUUAAGUGCAGCAGCAAAAGUUGUCCUGAAGAAUCAACCCACAAUUAUUUUGACAAAUCUGUCAAAGGAGUCUCUCAAACAGACUGUCCUCUCUCAACCACCGACCUUGGCUGUUGUGCCUGUUCAGAUGCAGUCAUACAUAAGACUGACCAACAUCACUGGACCCUCUACAGGCCACACAGCGAGACUGCAGUUCCACACAGGUGUAUGGUCAGGAGAGGUGACUGUGCCCAACUCUCAUCGACCACUAUCUCUAACAGGUACCCAAGUACAGCCUUCGGAAGGUACCGGAAACUUAGCAAAAUCAGUCACUUUGAGGAGAGUGAACUUUUUGCCAUGCCCAGUCAAUAUCAUCGGAGUGCCUGCCAUACUGCAAAACGACCGGGUUUUGAAGGAAUGCAACGGAAUGCCUUGCUGGAGGGACCAGAAAAGGAAAAGGACUGACGAGGCUGAAGACAAACUCUGUGUGAAGAGGCCCAGAAAUGAGGUCUGGCUGGUCAAAGAGCAGUCUGAAGACCUUAGACUGAGUGAGAACAACCUGAGGUUCAAGGUGAUUAAGGUUGAUGACUCGAUCACCGAUGAGGAGGUGAGGAGGAAAGCCCAGAAGAUACUGCGAGUUAACCUGUCACCGGUCAUAGAGAUUCAACCACUUAUUGCCUACCCAAUGUGACCGGCCGUAAUAUUUUUGGCUGCGUUUACACAGGCAGCCCAAUUGUUUUUUUUAAAUUGUUUUUUAAACCCAAAUAUUGACAAAGAUCUGAUCAGAUUGGCCAAAUGACCAAUAAUUGCGGGGGGAAAAUAUUUUUAAUUGGUCUGUGUGAACACAGCCUUAAAGUCCUUUUGUCCUCCAUGUAAAUUUCAUCCGUUUGUUGCAUCUCAUCAAGGCAGUGCUUUGUCUUUUAGCUGUGCUCAGCUUGGGAGUAUUGGGAUUGUUUGGGAGGCUUUUUGGAGAUUUGGAAAAUCCUAUUUCUUUGUUAAUAUGUUUAGAUAAGGGGACGCUGGGUUAUUGCCUAAACAUCCAAAAAUAUGGUUUAAAGUUUUUUGUUUACACUGCGCAUACUAUAGACUGCCCCUUGACUGUUGAGUGAUGGAAUGGUGAAGUGUGAGGCACAAUGGCUGUUCCCAUAGGAGUUGUACCUGCAGUAUAUCCUUCUUUACAUGUGUGUUUUUGGGACACUGAAAUUUCAUUCAUCUGUUUUAUAAAUGAUACAAACAUCUGAUAAUGAAGCCAUGUCAUGUAUAACUAUGCAGCAUUCAUUUGCUAGAAUAUUACAGAUAUUUUAUAUACAUCACUUUUUAGUCAUGUCAUUUCUACUGUAUGUUGGAUUAAAGGGGCAAUUGACAUGGUGUGUUUUCCUGAUGUGUUAUAAAGGUAGUUUUUUUCUUUUUUGGACAUGACAGUUAAGAGAUCCUAGCUAUAUGUUAACAUUUUAUGGCUUUUAUUCUCAUUUGUACAAAGUUUAAGGCAUUUUAUUCCAUUAUCUGCAUUUAAUUUGUAGAAGUAUUUACAUGGCCUUAUGAGUUUUCAGUGUUUUUAAAGCCUCUGGAGGAAACGCUCUAGCCUAUAUUGUGUAUUAUCUGACAUUUAGAACUAUUCCUAAAGCAUUUUCUAGCUUUGAAAUUUGAUAUUUGGACCUUGUUUUUUUCUGUAAUUGGAGGAAGUAUGCUAGUUGGUUUCUUUUAUUCAAGUAUCCAACUCUCCAUUAGGUUCAACUGAUUUGAUUGAUCCGUCCUUGACCUUUCCAUUCUCAAUCGAAGGCAGAAUAAAGCUUUUUUUUGCUUUGGGUUAUAUUUUGCUUGCUUUGAUUUUCAUGUGCCAAAUGUAUAUUUUUGGUGCUUCUCAAUUGCACUUUCUUUUUUUUUCUCCUUCUCCCCCAACUGAGAAUGUUGUUUCUGUUAGCUACAUAUUCUAAAUCACACAUGCUUUGAACAAAAUGUCUGAGGCACUUUUAGGUUUGUGAAGAGGUAGAGAUACAUUUCAUGUUCAAUGUAGCUUAAUUUAUAUCUAUUUAAAAAACAACUUUUUUAAAAACUUUUUGUAUGAACCACAAUGAUACUCUUAACAAAGACAUCUGUUAACAUGUUAUGGUCAUUGUGUGUUGAAAUUACUGUUGAACUGUAAAAUAAAGCAUUUUGACCACUUC